GAGUCUCGGACACGAAUAUAGGUUAUUGGAGAAGGAAAAUGCCUAUGCAAAGAGUACACGUUUGUGCUGCAAUUAUACUUUGCAUUGCACAUGCCUGUUUUUCAUCUGAAAAUCAGACAGUCAGUAAUAAUGCUACCAAAUCUGAAUCUAAUGAUUUAAAGUCAAUAUUAAAUCUGGCUGGGAAUGUUACUGAAAGUUUGAACACAGCAAAACCCGAUAAAGAACACACUGAGGGGCAGAGGAAUACCACUGAAGAUGGAGAACAGAUGAACAAAGAGACCCAUGGAGCAAAACAAGAUUGUCCACCGCUGGGUUUGGAGUCUCUGAAAGUUUCUGAUGAUCAAUUGGAGUCUUCUUCGUAUUUGAGUGUUGGUGUUGGUCCUCACAGAGGACGCCUUAACAUACAGUCUGGUCUGGAGGAUGAUGAUGAGUAUGACGGGGCGUGGUGUGCUGGGGUGGAGGAUCAGGAACAGUGGUUGCAGGUGAAUGCUCUCAGACCAACACUCUUUACUGGCGUCAUCCUCCAGGGCAGAAACUCAAUCUGGAGCUUGAACUGGGUCCGCACAUAUAAGGUGCAGUUCAGUAAUGACUCAUCGGUUUGGGAGCCCUGCAUGAAUGGAACAGAGGAGGCCGUGUUUGUUGGGAAUGAAGAUUUGGAGACGCCAGUUUUGGCUUUGUUUCCUGAGCCCUCAGUUGCACAAUACAUUCGCAUUAACCCACAGACCUGGUUUAGCAAUGGCACCAUUUGCCUCCGCGCUGAAGUUCUGGGCUGCCCAGUGCCAGAUCCUGACAACCCACAUUUUUCCGAGACUGAGCACGGAUCCUCAGAUGACCUCGACUUCAGGCACCAUAAUUACAAUGAGAUGAGGAAGUUAAUGAAGUCUGUGAAUGACAAGUGUCCAGAUAUCACACGGAUCUACACUAUUGGGAGGAGCUACACUGGACUAAAGCUUUAUGUUAUGGAAAUAUCCGAUAACCCUGGAAAACAUGAGCUUGGUGAGCCGGAGUUUCGCUAUGUUGCCGGGAUGCAUGGGAACGAAGUUUUAGGCCGGGAGCUUUUGCUAAAUCUUAUGCAGUACAUCUGUCGUGAAUACAAACGAGGCAAUCAGCGCAUCGUACAGCUUGUGAAGGACACACGCAUCCACCUGUUGCCAUCUAUGAACCCAGAUGGAUAUGAGCAAGCCUAUGAGAAGGGUUCAGAACUCUCUGGCUGGGCUCUUGGACGCUACAGUUUUGAAGGCAUUGACAUGAACCAUAACUUCCCUGACCUCAACACCAUCAUGUGGGAUGCUCAGGAGAUGGCCAUGGGCAAGAGGAGAGUGAGCAACCAUUACAUUCCCAUGCCAGAGUACUACACCUCAACCGAAGCUUUAGUUGCUCCAGAGACACGUGCUGUAAUCAGCUGGAUGCAGGACAUCCCGUUUGUACUGAGUGCUAAUCUGCACGGGGGAGAGCUGGUGGUCACUUACCCUUUCGACUGCACACGUGAUUGGAUCCCUCGCCAGGACACGCCCACCGCAGACAAUGAUUUCUUCCGUUGGCUAGCUACCGUCUAUGCGUCCACCAAUCUGGUGAUGGCAAACCCAGAGCGGAGGAUCUGUCACUAUGAAGACUUCCACCAGCACAACAACAUCAUCAAUGGAGGGGACUGGCACACUGUACCAGGAAGUAUGAAUGACUUCAGUUACCUUCACACAAACUGUUUCGAAAUAACUGUAGAAUUGUCCUGUGAUAAGUUCCCACAUGCCAGUGAACUUCCUGUCGAGUGGGAGAACAACAAAGAGUCUCUCCUUCUGUACAUGGAGCAGGUGCACAGAGGCAUAAAAGGUGUCAUCAGGGACAAGGACACUAGAGUUGGCAUUGCAAAUGCUGUCAUUAAGGUGGAUGGCCUGGAUCAUGACAUAAGAUCUGCUGUCGAUGGCGAUUAUUGGCGUUUGUUGAAUCCAGGUGAGUACAAGAUAACGGUGUGGGCAGAAGGCUAUUUCCCACGAAUCCGCCACUGCUCUGUAGGGUCCGAGCCCCAGGCGACCAUCUGUGACUUCACCCUCACCAAAACCUCACAGGAUCGUCUUAAACAGAUCCUGGCCAGUGGUGGGAAAAUUCCCCGGGACAAUCAGGUGCGGAUCCGAGCCUUGCGAAUGCGCAAACUCCGCGCCAGCACCAAGAUUCUCAACCGCCGCCGAGAACAACAGCAGCGUCAAAACCGAGUUAAACGAAAGUGAGCAACUCAUUUAUCAAAUAAUGAGCCAGUCUGCUGCAGAUUGAGAGACUCUGAGAUUCUGGACUGUAAAGUGACGGAACAGCUUCCUCUACACUACUAAAAGCUCCAUAUCUUUGACAAUGAAAUAAGAGACAAGAGUUCCCUGAAGCCGGUCGGGUCCGAAGAAGGAUUUAAAGGAGAAGUCCACUUUCAGAACAACAAUUCACAAAUAAUUUACUCACCCCCUUGUCAUCCAGGAUGUUCAUGUCUUUCUGUCUUCAGUCGUAAAGAAAUUAUGUUUUUUGAGGAAAGCAUUUCAGGAUUUUUCUUCAUAUAAUAGACUUCAUUUGUGCCCCCGAAUUUGAACUUCCAAAAUGUAGUUUAAAUGCAGCCUCAAAUGGCUCUAAACGAUCCCAGCCAAGGAAGAAGGAUCUUAUCUAGCGAAACGAUCAGCCAUUUUUUUCAAAAAAAAAAAAUUGUAUGCUUUUUAAGCACAAAAGCUCGCAUAGCACAGGCUCUCGGAUGUAAAUUAGUUGUAAAUUGUUGUUCUGGAAGUGGGCUUCUCCUUUAAAGAUACUGGUUUUCAAGAUUUCAACUGUAUUUUACUCAAUGUGAUUACUUCUUGUCCCUAGUCUGCUGUUUAACAUGUGAAUAUUUUUUUUUUUUUUUUUUUUUACCACUAACAGAGAUUUCUAAGAAUGCCUCAUAUGUGAGCAAGACUCUGAAAUUGUAGCUGGUUUCUACAUUCAGAAUGUAAUGAUAUUAUAAUAAAGUUAAUAAAGGAUUUUACAGAAAGUA